AGAUUAAACAGCAGCAUGGUCAGCCGAGUGGAACAUCCCGCUGCAGGCUACAGGAAGAUCUUUGAGACGGUGGAGGAGCUAAAUGAACCCAUACCUGCAAAUAUCACUGGUGUGAUCCCAUCAUGGCUCGGAGGAAGUCUUCUCAGGAUGGGUCCGGGUCUUUUCGAGGUGGGAGACGAACCUUUCCACCAUUUGUUUGAUGGACAGGCUCUCAUGCACAAGUUUGACCUGAAGGGCGGUCAGGUGACGUACUUCAGGAAGUUCAUAAGGACGGAUGCUUAUGUACGGGCCAUGACUGAAAAGAGAGUUGUCAUCACAGAGUUUGGCACUGUUGCCUAUCCAGACCCAUGCAAAAAUGUCUUCUCCAGGUUCUUUACGUACUUCAGAGGCAUUGAAGUGACCGAUAACUGUUUAGUAAACCUCUACCCAAUUGGUGAAGAUUUUUAUGCCGUCACAGAGACUAAUUACAUCACAAAGGUGGAUCCUGAUUCUCUGGAGACAUUGAAAAAGGUGGACCUAUGUAAAUAUCUGUCCAUUAAUGGUGUCACGGCUCACCCCCACAUUGAAGCAGAUGGUACAAUCUACAACAUUGGCAACUGCUUCGGAAAGAACAUGAGUCUUGCUUACAACAUCAUCAAGAUCCCACCUGCUCAGAAAGGUAAGCACACAAUCAGCAACACUUUAUUGUCCCAUAGGGAUUUCUGUUGUAGCACACCAGAAAAUAAAUGCAAGAAAAAUAAAUACAUUUGCAGUUUUGGUAUCACAGAGAACUACUUUGUGUUUGUGGAACAACCGAUUAAGAUCAACCUGCUGAAGUUUCUGUCAGCCUGGAGCAUCAGAGGAGCAACAUACAUGGACUGCUUUGAGUCUAAUGAAAGCAUGGGGACAUGGUUCCAUUUGGCUACUAAGGAACCUGCAGGUUAUAUGAAAAACCACAAAUACAGAACUUCGGCUUUCAACCUCUUUCACCACAUCAACGCCUACGAAGAGCAGGGAUUCAUCGUGGUCGACCUCUGCACGUGGAAAGGACAUGAAUUUGUGUACAACUACCUGUACUUGGCCAACCUGAGGGGGGAGUGGGAGGAGGUGAAGAAAGCAGCGAUGAGGUCUCCACAACCUGAGGUCCGGCGAUAUGUGCUGCCUCUGGAUAUUCACAGGGAAGAACAGGGAAAGAACCUGGUGUCCUUGUCCUAUACAACAGCAACCGCUGUUCUUCUCAGUGAUGGUACUAUUUGGCUUGAACCCGAAGUUCUGUUCUCUGGACCGAGGCAAGCCUUUGAGUUUCCCCAGAUCAAUUACUCCAAGUGCUGUGGAAAGAAGUACUCCUUCGCCUACGGUCUUGGGCUCAACCACUUCAUCCCUGACAGGAUUGUCAAGCUGGACGUGCAGACCAAAGAGCAGUGGGUGUGGCAGGAGGAAGACUGUUACCCUUCGGAGCCGCUGUUUGUGCCCACGCCUGGAGCCACAAAGGAGGAUGAUGGCGUGUUGCUGAGUAUAGUGGUGAAGCCCGGAGCAGAGAGACCAGGAUUCCUGCUCAUUCUGGAUGCCAUGAAGCUUACGGAGCUCGCCAGGGCUGAGGUCAACACCAUCAUCCCCGUCACUUUUCACGGGAUGUACAAACCGCCGCCUUCACCUUAAACACAUCAAUCUGUGUCUGAUUCCUGUAGAGGCAGGCUGGUGUGUUUAGUCAAUGCAGCCUUUAGAUCAGUUUUUAGAAAUAUAUCAUUGUAGUUUACACCAAACACCUGGUGAUAAGGAGUGUAAAGCAGCAGAACAGCAGGACCUGGACUUCCUUUACGAUUUUUCCCCCAGUUGGAUUGUUGUAUUAUUUCUGUUCAUCUUUUAGUUUGUGGUGAUUCCCAGUGUUUUUAUAUCAGUUAUUUUCCUUUUAACUAAUGCAGUCAUGCUCUCAAUACAGUUGUUGCUUGCUAAAACUGCACUGAGAUAAAUCAUUUUAAAAUAAAUAAUAAACUUCUUAAAAUGUGUUUGCCCUUAAUCUGAACAGGUAAAUAUUAUGAUUUGCCAAAGGAAAUAGUAUUUUAGCCCCUAAUAUAUAAGAUAAUUGGAUAUUAUUCACUUGAAAUAAAUCAAUGCAACCAGAAUAAGAACAAUGACACAAUGCU